AGUUCAGCAAAUGUAUGCAAAUGUAUGUGUAAUAUAAAUUUAUCCUUGUGUACUUGUAAAUAAAUAUCAAGACAAGUAACACGUAACAUAUUUGCUUAAUUAGAAUGCCAAUGUAUUAAUUACAUAUAAUAAAUUUUUGGAAUAUAAUUGUAUAAAUGUUAUUGGUAAAUAUAGCUUCUAAUAAUUAAAACAUGGAUAAAGAUUGCAGCUAUAACAACAUUCUUUUGUAAAUUUGUUGUUAUCCAAUUUUACAAUUAUCCAUGUUAACAUAAAUUACGAUACUGUUUGUAAUCGACAUUGAAUAUGACGUGGAAUCCUUUAAAGAAGAACCACUUGACACAAAGACCAACUUCUGCAUCUCCGCUCUUGUCCCAUUCGGAAGAUAAAGAAUUAGAUCAUGUUGUUCAAAGACUCAUCUAUGUCGAAAGUGCAAUAAGAAAAUUAACCAAAGAGAUGAAGAAAUAUAUAGGGGCUUUGGAAAAUUUGGAUAAAGCUGAUCAACGAUUAAAUAUGAACCUAAUCAGUUGUGGAUUGGCACAGAAUAAUGAUGAAUAUAGAAGAAUAGUGGAAGAGUAUUCUUCUGUUGCCACACAAGUAGGGAAGAACAUUCAAGACGUGACUAGCUUAUGUCAUAAAACGUUCAUAGAUCCUUUGAAAAAAUUAAGAAAUGAAUUUGCUUCUAUCGCUACUGCAAUAACAAAGCGCGAGGAGUUAGUGACUGCAUGGAAAUACUCGUACAAUCGUGUAAAGAAGUUGCAAGAGAAGAAAGACAGAACUGCAAGUCAUAUCGCGAAAUUAGAGAGAGAACGGAGAGCAGAGGAAGCAGCUGCUAAAGAAUUGAAGAUUAUACACUCUCAGUUACUCACAGAAUUACCAGCGUUUCUGGAAAAAAGACUGGAAUACAUUAAUCCAAGCAUUCAUGCUGUGAUCAUGAUACAAUUAAAUUAUUAUGGGCAUGCAACACAAUUAUAUACACAAUUGAUGCCGGCUCAAUUUUCUGAAUUCACAUCAAGCACAAUAGUACCUGAAGAAGAAUAUCAACGAACUAUAAGCGAAGAACUAAAUAGAUUAAAAGCACUAACUAUAGUAAAAGACCACAAAUAACGUAAUAUAAAGCGUAUAUUUGAAAAAUAAUUUUCAGAUAAAAAUAUAUAUUCGUUAAAAGCCUUUGUUGAAAAUAACAAUACCAAAUA